AUGGUCAAAAAUGGAGGCACCAGUAAGGGUCGACGGAAGAUCGAGAUCAAGAAGAUAGAAUCCGAGGAUGCUCGUCACGUGUGCUUCUCCAAGCGCAAGGCCGGCAUCUUUGCCAAGGCUAGCGACCUCUCCACUCUUUGCGGCGCCGAGGUGGCCAUCGUCAUCUAUUCGCCCGUAGGUAAUCCUUAUUCUUUUGGCAGUCCCUCGGUGGAGCCACUCGUCGACCGGUUCCUCUCGGGGAGUUUCCGCCAUCAGCCUAUUUCCGGCAAGAGCAACACCGUGGUGCAGCUUAACCAGCAAUACAUGGAGCUGUCGAGACAAUCGGAUAUUGCCAAGGCGACCAAGGUGAAUCUCGAGGAACGGCACAGGGAGCUGCUGCAGAGCCCGGAAUUGGACUGCGCUAACGACAUUAAGCAAUUGGGGUUGGAUCAACUGGACCAACUGAAGAACCGAUUGGAACACCUCAAGAUGAGACUCGACGACCGAAUCAAGGAUUACCUUCACGUCGCCUCCACCCAAAGGAUGGCGUCGCCGAUGAUGACGACGACUAGGACGCUUGGGUUGUUCUCUCCGGAUGGUGCUACGGGCCCUUCCUCCUCCUCGUCAGCGUGUCCGCCACCUUGGCCCAUCAGUUUUGAGAUGAACCAAGGCGAACCCAUUUCGUUUCAAGCUUUGUUGGCGACGACGACAGGCACUAACUUGGCUCGCUACGUGCACAAACCAUAG